CACAGGAGUUCUCUCUGUUUAAUCUUUCGUGAUUGCUUGCCCUGUAGAUACUGAAGUCUGGGCAUCUAUACAUCUCUGCGAAAGGGAUUGGGUGGAAGACAUGGAAGAGGCGAUGGUUUGUCCUGACGCGCACGUCUCUUGUAUUUUUCAAGGCCGAGCCGAAGGGUCAGAUCGACUUUUCAAUGCCUCUGGGUGGUAUUUAUUUGAAUAACUCUGGAAGUGUGCACCAGAAGAUGGAGAAGAAGCUGCUCUCAGUGGUUUUCCCAGAUAUGAGAAUGGUCACGCUGAAGGCAGAGAGUUCAGAGGAUCUGGAGGAGUGGCGGCAGUCCCUUGAGAAGGCACUGAUUCUGGCCCCAGAGGUUUCGAUGGUGGCCGAUAGUGGGGGCUUUAUACCCACUGAGAACAUUGAUGGGCUAGAGAUCGGAAGAGAUGGAGAUGGCAAGGACAAGAGACCGCUGAAGUCAAUGGUUGUUGGCCGUCCAGUUCUUCUAGCCCUGGAAGAACUUGAUGGGACUCCGAGCUUCCUCGAGAAGGCACUGUGCUUCGUUGAAACUCACGGGCUUAUGGUCGAAGGGAUCCUUCGGCAGUCGGCUGAUGUCGAAGACGUAGAGAGGAGGGUGAAGGAAUAUGAACAAGGGCGGAAUAUGUUCACCCCGGGAGAAGAUGCACAUGUCAUUGCUGAUUGUGUGAAGGGGCGCUGUCACGGCGAAGUCAGGGGGCGGAGGAUGGGCGAAGACGAAGAGGAAGAAGAAGAAGAAGAUGGCGGGUGGCGGGGCGAUGUCCGGGGCGAUGGGCAGCUGGACGAGAGGAAAGAGGAAGAAGAAGAGGAAGAGGAAGAAGAAAAAGAAGAAAAAGAAGAAGAAGAAGAAGAUGGCGGGUGGUUGGGCGAUGUCCGAGGCGAUGCUGGGGCUUCCAGCAGUGCAUCCUCUAGCCGUCAACUGGAGGAACGCGUUGACCACGUAGUGGCAAUGCUAGGAGACAUAAGUGCCUUCACAGAGCCGGCCACCAUCAGCCAGCGGUUCGAGUUGCUGGACACUAAGAUCAGUCAGCAACAGCCGACCUACCACAGCCACAACAACAGCUCGGCAAGGCCAUACAAGAUGUCGGCGUUCCGGAUCGAGAAAUUUGAUGACUACACACAUCAAGACCCGGUCGUCUGGUGGCAAGGGUUUACAACGGAGUUGGGGAUCCACGAGGUCCCUGACCAUCUGUUCAUCAGUGCUCUAUUCAUCAACACCAAGGGAGGAUGUCAGAUCUGGCUCAGCCACAUGGCAACCAUCCACGAUGUCCAGGUUUCAGACCUGCAUAAGAAGGUCACCUGGGAGGAUAUGACAAAGGAAUGGAAGAAGCGAUUCAUAGUGUAUGACGCACCCGCGCUCGCCAUCAACCGCACCUUCGCGAUGGCUCAAGGGAGCACACCGACACGUGACUGGCUCACGGAUUGGCAGAAGAUCGUGGCCACGCCCGAUCUGGACUUGCCAUUUCCGCAUCUGCGCCGUGAGUUCUACAACAGGUCAUUCGCCGCUCUCAGCCUCGCACUUCGUGAUCGCGAGCAGUACAACACUUUUGCAGAGAUCAUCAACAAGGCGAGAGAUAUCAUCAAGACCAACAGGGCGGCCGCACACGAGAAGUCAACGUGGCAGCCAACCUAUGUGGAGAAGGUACGAACUGGUCCACGACAGCAGCAGUUCGCUGCAUUCCAAUCGGACAGUGGAGAAGACCCAGCAGCCACUCCAGCAUCACGUGAGGGAGAUCAGGUGGCUGCUGUCCAGCCGCGAAGCAACAAGCCCCGAGUGAAUGGGAAGGCAAAACCAGCAUCGCUGGCCGGAAAUGGACAGCCAGCACCACCAUGGGUCAAGUUCGGCUUGACCGAGGCCGAGUACAAGUACCCCAACCUACCAGCUCCGUUGAUGGACGCCGGAGUAGAGGUUGUCGACCUUCACGCUUACAUUGCGAAGAUCGACCGCGAGUUCAAGACGCAACGGUACGACGACAUCAACGCACCAUUCUUAUAUGUACGCAUUCAGAUCGGAGAGGCAACCUGCAACGCCUUGAUCGAUUGCGGAGCAUCUCGCAACUAUAUCAGCCAGGACUUCAUGGUGCGCGCCGGCCUUGGCCCACGUGUCCGGAGGAAGUCCCAGCCUACGCAAGUCGCUUUGGCAGACGGUCAUACGCACAAGUCCAUCGACCGGUGCAUUGACGCCGUCCCCGUGUACUUUGCCCCUCACACAAGUGAGGCGGUGUCCUUUGAUAUCCCGGACACCAAAUUUGACAUGAUCUUGGACAUGUCAUGGCUGCGAAGCGAGGAUCAUCCGGUGAACUUCUUCCACCGCACCGUUCACAUUCGCGAUCGGAACGGAGUAUUAUUCUUCUCCAAGCUGGAUCUCAAGUCAGGGUACCACCAACUCGAGAUUCGCAAGGAGGAUCGCUACAAGACCGCGUUUAAGACGCGAUAUGGGCAUUUCGAAUGGCUGGUCAUGCCAUUUGGCCUUACGAAUGCCUUGGCCACUUUCCAAGCGGCUAUGACAACGGAGUUUCGACACAUGCUGGAUCGAUUUGUACUUCUCUACCUCGAGGACAUCCUGGUGUACAGCCGGAGUUUGGAGGAGCAUGUGGAACACCUGCGCACCGUUUUGGAGCGGCUACAACAAGCCAAGUACAAAGCCAACCGCGACAAGUGCGAAUUCGCGCGGCAGGAGCUUGAGUACUUGCGACACUAUGUGACGCCGAAAGGCAUUCGUUCGCUUGCGGACAAGAUCGAGGCCCUACGAGUAUGGCCCGAGCCCACCAACACCACAAACGUUCGUUCAUUCAUGGGAUUGGCGGGCUACUAUCAGCGAUUCAUCACCGGAUCCUCCAGGAUUGCUGCACCUAUGACGAGCAAGCCCCGCAAUCGCAAUCCCUACGGCGAGCUACACUCGAUGCCUAUCCCACGGGAAGCCGGUCUCUCCAUUGCCAUGGACGCCACCGGUCUAUUUCCUCGCGACCGGCUCGGGCACUACGGCAUCCUCACGGUGGUGGACCGAUUGAGUGAGUACGCGCAUUUUCUCCCUUGCAAGUACUACUCCACGGCUCCCGAGCUGGCACGCCUCCUGCACACUGGUUGGAUUUGUGGCCACGGUGUACGAGAAGACAUUGUCAGCGACCGCGACACUCGUUUCAUGUCGGCGUUUUGGACUGCUCUCAUGCAGGAGUCCGGCACAACAAUGAAACCAAGUUCGGCUCGACAUCCUCAGACAGACGGGCAGACGCAGCGGGCACAUCAAAACGCUCGAAUGAUGCUUCGUACGCUCAUUCGUCCGGACCAGAAAGAUUGGGUUGACCGCCUCCCCGACAUCAAGUUCGCCUACAACACUUCGGUGCAUCCGGCGAUCGGCGUGACUCCAUUCGAGUUGCACCACGGUGGACGGAAAGGCCGCAUCUUCGCCAACUUUCUUCUCCCUCAACCAGCCGGCAUUGACGCCGCUUGCUCCCCCGCUUCCGUUCGGAAGUACAGGGACUUGCUGAUUCAAGCCCGCGCAAAUAUGCAAAAGGCUCAAGUUCGCAUGCAGCAGCAAGCCAACAGGCAUCGCGUACCAUGUCCCAUCCGCGCCGGUGAUCUGGUUUGGGUCUCCGCGGAAGAGUUUGCACUGGAACAGGACGUUUCACGGAAACUGCUUCCCAAGUGGUUUGGACCUUGGUCUGUGACAGCAUCCGCGGGCGAUGAGCGCAAUGGCCCUUCAUUUGUGAUCGACAUUCCAGAGUAUCUGACGGUCCAUACGGUCCUCCACGCCUCGAAGCUGGCAACAUACACGCCAGCCAAGAGCGACGACUUUCCGGGCCGACGAUCGAAACUGCUGACAUGUGCUGACGGCCAUCGUGGUCCCUGUGCAGGUCACUGGUGUGGAGCGCGGCUAUGGCACCAGCAUGUCUUGAGGGAGCUUCCAUCUUCACCAGUUCCAAAACAGUGCUGUGUUGCUCUGCUGGCAGCCCAUCGUUUGGACGAACGGGAGCAGAGAAUAGAAGCGAUGAAGAUUGCUGUUGCAGAUACAUUUCCAGAGCCGAAUAGAAUAUUAUUGCAGAGAGUUCUUAAAAUGAUGAUCAAGGUGUCAUCACAGUCUGCGGUCAACCGGAUGACAAAACCAGCCGUGGCAGCGUGCAUGGCUCCACUACUACUUCGGCCAUUGCUUGCAGGGGAUUGCACAGCGGACGAUGACAGUGAUGACAGUGGCGAUGGGUCGUCAUCGUUGAUCGCAGCAACUGCUGCAGCAAAUCAGGCCAAUGCAAUUGUCACACUUAUGAUGGAGGAGUACGAGAGAGUAUUCCCGGAGGAGAUUCAACCCAAAGCCUUGCAGUGUGAAGAUCAUAGUGUUGACAGCGAUGAUGAUGGUCCCUCUCUCCGGGACCGAUGUAAUGAACCUGUGUCGAGUACACUGAGCGAUACAAGCACAUCGGGUGCACAGGAUGGCAGCGAGGCGUUUGACCAGAGUGACUCAGGAUCACCUCACUCGCCCGUGUCAGGGCCAGCAGGGGUAAGGCCCCCAGCACCAAGGUUCAGGGACCGUGUGAGAUCGGAUGGCGGGGUUGGAGGGUACAGCCGAGGGCUUGGUGGCGGGCGGCAUAGCUGGUCAAGAGGAACAGAAAAUGGGAGCACCACCACUAGCGGAGAGAGUGCCAGAAGUGCUCCUGCCUUCUUUGGGGACGUGCCUUCAUCUUCCUUGCCUUCAUCUUCCUCCAUGCCCUUGAGGAAGGGCUCGCUCUCUGGUGAUAUGACUCAUAUGAGGUUUAUGCAAUCUCCUGCAGUGCGGAAGAUCGGGGAUUUCGGAGAGCGAGAUGACAUUCCGGGUCAGCGUUGCAUGGUACCCUCCGAUCUGUCUGACUCGAUGGCUUUUGCAAAUGCUGUAAUUGCUGAAGAAGAGGCACAACUCCGGCAGCUACAGAUUAUAAAGGAAGAGAUGGAAAUGAAGCUUAAGAACGAGGAGAUGUCAAAUGAGAUACUGAGAGCUAGCUUAGAUUCUAGGAAGCAGGCACUAAGGGAACAGCGACUAAUCUAUGAGGAAGAUAUUGCUUCAUUACAAGACAAACUGCAUCGCCAGAGGGAAAUCAAGGCGGCUUUGGAGAGUAACAUAGGUGCAGCCGUAAUGAAUGGGGGCAACAUAGACAGCAGGCUCCAGGAAGAUUUGGCUGAAAUAAGUGAGCUCGAAGCUGAUGUUGCAAGGUUGAAGUCGAGAGUUGCUGAACUCCAGGAGCUGAUGGAGCACGAAAGGUUGGGAAGGCACAUGAACUCGACAGAGAGGCAGGAGCGGAAGAUUUCGCUGAUGAAGUUGAGGGCGCAGCUUGAAGAGGAGCUGGAGCGAACAAUGGCAUUGUGCAACGAGGAGAAAGCUAAAAAUGCGCAGUUUGAGGAGCAGUAUCAUCAGGAGGAGGAGGCAGCCCUAGAGAGGCUGGUCAUUCAGCAGAGGCAGGCGCUGUCAGAAGCCCAGGAUGCUCUUCGGGCGCAGACUGCCAGAGGGUGCGAGCUGCGGAAGCGUGCACAUCAACGAGUCACACCAAUGAGCCGGGAGGAGUCGUUGGGUCCAAUGGCGCAAGCACCGUGGAUGUAUAACAAACCGGGUGGCGCUGGCGGCUGUGGGGGGGGCUACAUCAGCAAUCCCGCUUCUCUGCGACUCAGACAGGACAGUAUCGACUUCAGUUCCCAAGAUUCCGAACAGUGGAGGGCAGUUGUUGCAGACAGUUGUCCGUCCAUGGAGGGGAAGGGCCACUUACUUGGCCUCCGCGGAAUGCGCGACUUCGACACAGAGUCGGGUGUGAUGUCGAGCAGCCGGUAUCUGACUGAAACGGCAGCAUCACCAGCCCUGAUGGACCUGAACCAGAAGCUGGAGCAUUUCAAGGAACGUCGGUCACAGCUAAUGCGGCAGCUUUCAGCCAUGCCUGAGCCAGUCGGCGUGCCUCGCACAACACCCGGAAGCAUCGUGACAGCGAAGGAUAUCCUUCGCAUGUCUCCUAUGCUCACCCCCACCUACCGUUUAGACGUGGAUUAGCAUAUGCUUGCUCAUAGCCAUUUUGAGGGGUCGGCAACAACAUCGAGGGCUAAGAAUGAACAAUGGCUUCCGCUCCGCACAUGGUUCAGCUCAGGGUGAAAUGAUGUACUUGGGUGUGUAAGGAUUGAGGUCCUGUCGUAUCGGUGGUGGUUAGUACUGCAUUCUGUCCAUGGUGAUCGAGCAUGGUGGUCAUCUGCUCGGGCGUCCAUGGUUGACCAGAUGCCCUGUACUGUCCUCCCAUCAGUGCCCUAGCAUAGGUCUCAGCAAUCAGAGACACUGUGGCUUAGGGUUGGCCUGUUAUAUGAACGAAUUCAGAUGUGUCUUCAUUAUGACCGGAUACGUCUGCGUGCGUGAGCAUUGACCUGCAUACAUGUAGGUUUUCUGCCCUUAUACAGAGUCUGCUCGGGGUGCAAUGAUGUACUUUGGUGCGGUUUCUUUCCUGUUGUCUCCUCCUGCAGGUCCGGUACUCUCUGAUCACUGCCGGGAGAAGGAUCUGAGCAGGAUCUCGGCGACGGCUUGCCAGGAGGAAUGGGGGCUGGGUUAACCUGUUAUAUAAGCAAAUGCAAACUAUUCUCUUUAUAGCCACAGGAUAGAUCUGAUUUGAAAUGUUCUUCGGGACAUCCAUUAAAAUUGGGACGAUACAGAGAAGAUUAGCACGGCCCUUUCGCAAGGAUGACACGCAUAAAUCGAGAGAGAAAUGGUCCAAAUUAACAACAACAAAAAAAAAAGAAAGUAAAAUCUGAUUUGAAACAUAUCUAAGGGUGCAAAAUUGCAGUGCUACGCUCGAUGUUCUCCGGAAUCCGAGAACAAACCCAGGCAACCUCCUCUGGAAUCCGAUAACAAGCCGUGAAUGAAUCCAGCUUCGAGUUAUUCCUCUGGAAUCCGAUAACAAGCCGUGAAUGAAUCCAGCUUCGAGUUAUCUCAUCGAUCGGAUGCAAGGUGGAGGUAGACUUGGUGAUGGACCGAUCGGCAGUGAUCAGAGAGUACCCGAGGGUUCGGUUUAGCAGCUAGGUGUGUGAUGGGAGUCUGCUCUCACCUUCAACUGCAUUCUAAGGUGGCCCUGCAGUUAUGGGCACUCUUUAUCAAUGACAACGAAAAAGGUUAUGGGAACUCCGGUUGUCUGUGCGCAGAGAUCAACAUGCUUAGGGUUCAGCGUGUGGCUCGGGUCAUUUGCCAAACUGAGGUUAUGGAAACGGAGGAGGAGCUCCACGUGCAGUCUCCAUGGAGGUGGAAAAGGUGGAGGUGGAAUUCAGUGUGUGCUUGAUAUGGAGCUGGAGUGGGAGAUGUGUGGUUGCAAGGGAGGGUAUCGACGAGCAAGAGGGAGAGAGCCAGUCGCAAGUUGGCAGGCAAUGUUUCGCCUGUGGUGGCGAUCUCGCUUUCCGUGACGACUUGCGAUGUUGGCACAUGCAAAGUAGUUCAGUCACAACCAGCCUGGAUUUGGGCACUGAGAGAGAAGACAAUGCGGAGGGUCAUAUUGCAUUCGACUCUCACAAGUGACAAUGAAUACAUUACCCGAGG